AAUUAUUUGACUUCAUUAUUUGGCUUUCAAUUAAGUUAACCAUAUGAAAAUUGUACAGAAAUUAGCCUGUGAACUAUAACGCAGUGACUUAAAUAAUUUGAUCAAAACGUCACAGAUGAUACUCAGUUUUUCUCUCAAAGGCAGGACGGCAACACCACAGGUGAAAAGCAACCUAAAGAACAAGACACAGGAGGAAAGGGAAGAUGAAAGACCGACUUCAAGAACUAAAGCAACGAACAAAGGAGGUAGAACUCUCUAGAGACAGGCAUGUGUCGACUACAGAAGCAAAGGAGCAAGGGGUGUUUCUGCAGCAAGCUGUUAUUUAUGAAAGAGAGCCUGUAGCUGAGAGACACCUACGUGAGAUCCAAAAACUACAGGAGAGUAUUAACAGUUUUACAAACGAUGUUCAAAAAUUUGGGCAGCAACAGAAAAGUCUUGUGGCUUCAAUGAGAAGGUUUAGUCUGCUUAAGAGAGAGUCUAGCAUUACAAAGGAGAUAAAAAUCCAAGCUGAACACAUUAACAGAGGUUUGGAUGAGUUAGUAAAAGAAGUUAAAAAGUCAGAGACUGAAAACGGUCCAUCAGCAGUGGUCACAAGGAUACUGAAAUCUCAGCACGCUGCGAUGUUCCGCCAUUUUCAGCAAACCAUGUUUGUAUACAACGACACUGUAGCAGCAAAGCAAGAGAAGUGCAAGACGUUUAUUUUUCGUCAGCUCGAAGUGGCUGGAAAAGAAGUGCCUGAAGAAGAAGUAAACGCUAUGCUUUAUCAAGGAAAAUGGGAAGUGUUUAAUGAAAGCUUACUUACAGAAAUUAACAUCACUAAAGCACAACUGUCAGAGAUAGAACAGAGACACAAGGAGCUUGUCAGUUUGGAGAACCAAAUAAAGGAUCUAAGGGACCUUUUCAUUCAGAUAUCUCUUUUAGUAGAGGAACAAGGAGAAAGCAUCAACAAUAUUGAAAUGACAGUGAACAGUACAAAAGAAUAUGUUAACACUACUAAAGAGAAAUUUGGACGAGCGGUAAGAUACAAAAAAAGAAAUCCUUGCAGGGUAUUGUGUUGUUGGUGUUGUCCAUGCUGUGGCUCAAAAUAA